AGUACUAGUGCACACGUGUUUUAAAAAAAAUCGUUUUAAUUUUGAUUAAAAAAAUGCCUAAAAUAAAAAAUUUAGAGAAACUGAAACACCCCAACAGUAGAAAAACAAUAUCACUCGCCAAAAAAAUGUUGAAAAACGAAAAGAAAAAUAAUAACAAAAUUGGCACUCAUGUUAAACAGAAUUUAAUCGGCGAGAAAAUUUUGUGGUUCAAGGAAAGGAUACCUGAAGGUUGUGUUAUUUUAGACAAGGAACAGACAUUAAAAUUGAUUGAGACCUAUUUGGCGCGCUUUGACGAGGAACUUGAGCAGAUAGCUUUGAAAAACUCAAUUGGCCAAAGAAAAAGUCGGCAACAUGCAAGCCGGGAAGACAUAAUAAACAUAACGAAGAAAAGAGACAUUGAGGAGUUUGAAACUUGUGGUCUUGAAAUGCCAGACUUGAUGAAUGCACAGCAAAUGGAAGUGUUAAAAAAUUGGAAUGGUGAAUUGAGAUUUUUGCAAAAUUUUAAAUUAAAAAGGAUAGCUAGAAAACAUCUUGUAUAGUAUAAUUUAUUAUAUUAUAAAAAUUGUCAUAUUAUAUAAU